UAGGCAAAGAUGUAUAUCCUACUGUCAUUGAAGGCAGCAUUUGAGUCCCUCGGUAGCUCUCGCGUGCUGCUAGGACCUGUGGUCGCGUGCAACAGCUUUGCCGCUAAAACUUGACUGAAGCGAAGAAACCGAGCCAGAGUCUGUUAUCCCAGUAAAGACUGACCUAACAGAUGUGUUAUAAUUAGUAAUGGCUGCUCAGACCUUCAUAGCCAUCUCCGAGCUGCAUCCCAACUUCUCCCAUCCGAAGUUGGCAGGCAUCAUCAUUGGGAAAAGUGAUGUCAAAAGUUUUCCUGACAGAAAAAAUAUUGGUGAAGACAGAUACACAUUUAGCUUCACUGUGAAGGACUCAGCUGACUUCUUCAUAAACGUGACAGCCUGGGGACAUGAUGCGUACAUCAUUGGGCUCGCCAACAGCUUCAACGUUGGAGACUGUGUUGUCAUUGAAAAUCCUUUAGUCACCAACAAAGACCCAGAAAAGGGGGAUAGAUUCUGUCCUACAACACCAAGCCUCUACAGACUGAUUGUGUCAGAGGUUCACUCUCAGGUGCGUCUCUGUGCUGACAUGCCCACCAUCGACAGGCUGCUGCCUCUCAUCCACCUCCCUGUGAAGGACCCUGGAGACUUCUACUCUCUGGGGGACAUUGUGGCCAACGGGCAGAGUCUGGACGGCACAGUCAUAAACAUAUUGGCUGCUGUGAAGUCGAUCGGAGAGCUGAAGCAGUUCACCACUUCAGACGGACGCAGAGGGCAGAGGCUGGAAGUGAAGCUCUUUGACGACUCCGUCUCUUCCUUCCCUCUCGUUUGCUGGGACAGAGAGGCCAUUCAGCUCGUCCAGACGCUGAUACCGAAGGAGACGGUGCUCUUCGUAACUGACGCGAAGAUCAGCUUUGACAGUUUCCGCAACGGCAUGACAGCAACAGUUAACUCCAAAACCAUUAUCACUGUCAAUCCUGACACCAGAGAGGCCAGCCUGCUCUUCAGCUACGCCAAAGAAGCGGCUGAGUCUGGUGCUCUGGAUCAAGAUGAGAAACCUGAGGAUGUGCCAGUGGACUCCAUCACUGACGUGUACACAGUGAGCCAGCUCAAGCAGAAGGCCCAGGAAACUCCUGAGGCGUUCUUUGGCAUCACAUACAGCUUCAUCUCCAAGCUCGACCUUGACUCCUCUGUUUCCAAGGUCAUCAAGACACGCUGCUCCAGGUGUAAGUUUCAGGUGACCGAGGACACACAGAGCUGCACCAAUCAGCUGUGCCCAGGGAGGGAUCAGGUCUUUUCAGCCUCCACGGGCUUUGACCUCCUGGUGGACUUCACCGACCAUACAGGCACUCUGCACAGCUGUACCAUGAGAAGCCCUGUAGCAGAAAAAGCACUUGGCUGCUCGACAGAGGAGUUCACCAGCUUGACUGAUGAUGAGCGGACUGCAAUGAAGUGGAAGUUUCUAUUGGAGAGAUGCAAAAUAUAUGUCAAGAUACUGCCCUCCACUAAAACUAAGUCAUGGGUGAGGGGGGUUGUCCUGGCCUACUCACUGGCUGACCCAGGAGAGGUGAAACAGCACAUGUCCGCCCUGCUGCAGCCACUGUGAUCUGACAACACACUGACUGAGCAGAGAAGAGCAUGUUACAGUUGACAACUGUGUCUGCUGUGUGGUACUGUUCUGAUGAGUUAGUUUACUGUUCAUUGAUACAUGCUAGCUUUAUGUUUUCUCUACACUAUUUAUUUAUUUAUUAAUGAAUUUAUUUAUUUAUUUAUUUAACUUACUUGGUAAGAUAUAAACAUGCAUAUUAAAGAAACUGUUUGCUUUACUGCUUGAUGAAACUCAAAUAAACAAAAUUCU